AUGACUAUUGACAUGCAUCCUCAUGGGGAUACAAGGCCUUACCAUAAGAAGAAGGUGGUGAAUAUCUCCAAUUAUCUCGGUUCUCAUACGGCGCAUGCCUCAUUCCCUCAUGGUUAUCAUGGAAAUUUCUUUCAUCAAAAUUCGGCACAUAAUGAGAUCUGUGGGAGUACGAUGGACCAUCCCUACGUGACUCUAUAUGGUGGCCCUGCUCUGUAUAUGAAUAUUGAUGCUGUGAUGGAGGGGGAGGAGGAUGUGGAUGAGAUGGAUAAGGCCUAUGCUGAAAAUUAG